CUUAACUACUUAAUGUCGUUGCUACUGUAUGAGUUAGUGCUCUGUGAAUAUCUUCAUCUUUUGAAUGCUCUAGUGUUUCAACUCAAGUCUUUACAGUCUAACCUUUGACCUGUCUGCUAGUGACAUCGGUGUCCCUUUUUGCUUUUUUGUUUCAAUUUUUAUAGAAAGAGAAUAUUGAAUUUAAAUGUAAGUGGAUUUAUUUUCCCUGUUUCAUGUGCUGGUAAUAAUUUUACCAUACAUGAUCAAGAAUAUUGGAAGACAGAAAAAUGUUGUCAGUGUAACUCAGUUAUAAUUUAUGUUAAUUUCCCUUGUUACUGUAUCAUUCUGUUCAUUAGUUUUGCUCAUGUUAUGUCCUGUGGCUCUUUUAAAAUGUAGAAUCCAAUGCUAUGCCCUAUGUUUAGAAGUGGAAGCAUUACAGCAGAUGGGAGAUAUGGACACAGCAGCUUAGACAGACAAAACACUUAGCAGAGAACGGAGAGGGCUUGGCUUUCGAUUGCCUUCUUUCUGACAGCUCACAUCUGAGCUCCUCUGAGUAUUGUUUGUUCCCCUGCAGUCUUUAUAAGUGAACAUCCUCCAGCUAACAAUUUGAGAAAGUAAUUUUUAACUCCCUCCCCAGCUUUGGAAGUUCUGCUGGUGCCUAAUCAGGUCAAAGUGAGGUGCUAAGAGAAGCCUGGAAUCUCAAUUAGAGUCAGACCCUAGUGAUUUAGACAGGCAGGCAGCAGUAUACACAAUACUGCUACAGCCCUUUAGCUUCACAUGAGUGAAGACAGAACAGGGCAGUAAAAGUAGCAUCACUGGUUUGAGGUUAAUGAACAAGGGCCCCAAGAUAAAAAAGCAACGGGAAAAGUCUAUGAGGUGAACUCAAUACUCUUCAUCACAGGAGGACAGUGAAAUCUUAUGGGACUAUUGGGAUUUUGACAUUUCUUUUAAAACCCUUUCAUGUGAUCGGGCCUCAUAAAGAACUGUUCAACUGCUAGGCUUGUGUUCUGUGAAAGGGACAUGACUAGCAUUUUGUUUCCUAAAGCACAUUAGCUGAGGAGGAUUCUUUCCAUGGCAGUACAGUGGCAUGGUUGUUUAAGGAAUGUUUAUUUGGGUUGCUAUGUGACUGGGCUGGCACUCUGAAACUGGAGUCUGAAAAUCACCAGGAUCCUCCCCUCUGUUUUAGCAGUAGACCACAUCCUAAUGCUUCUCUUUAAAUUAAUUGGGCAGAGAAAAUAAAUUUUACACCUCAAUUAAUAUUUCAAAGUUAUUCAACCUAUAUUAUUCAUUUAGGCACUCCACAGAAUAUUUUUUACAGUGUAAUUGUUUUAACACAUGUAUGCACUUUCUUAAAUUCCUACUGUCAACACACUACAUGGACGUCUCUCAUUUAUAUACUAUGAGGCCGUUUUUUAAAGCAAGGGUGUAAGCCCUGUGUGCAUGUUCUUUUUAGUCAGAUGUAGUUUGUAUUCACUGUAAGAUGGGUCAAGAGGAAACUCAUUUUGGGAACUGUUGAAAUCCAAUUUGUCAUUAUGAUUCAUCCUGAUGACUCAGUCAAAUUAAUAAUACAAAUGGGCAUUGGUAUGAAAAAUAGGUAUUCCACACAACAAGGAUUACUUGUACAAUUCCCUUGUGGAGGUAAUCCUUGGGUUAGGUUUUUUUGCUACAUUUGUGUUGUAGUGAAAUAAGGGCUAUUUAUCACUGUUGGGCUCUGGAGCCAGUGUGACAGGUCCUAGGGAGAGGUGGAUCCUGGUGGGGAGAGAUACUCUGUAUCCUUUAUGCCAACACGCUUGCUGCCUUUGCCAGUUUGCAUGUUUAUGCUAACAGCAGGAAACAAGCUGUUUAUAUACACAAUGACUAGGCGUUAUCAUCUUCUCUGAGAUGUCUCUUCCUAGGGGACGGACCAAAGCAGGGAGCAUGUAUACUAUUCAUCCAUUUGCCUUUGAAAUAGACACUAAGAUAUACCGCUGAUUCAUUAAUCAUGUAUUUAACUGAAAAGCCUUUGGCAAGUUUUAUGGAAUUGGAGGUUACAAAUUUGGAGUUUUCUUUUCCACAAAAAGCAUUAAAACUUUAUUGUGUACCAAAAUGUUGUCUUAACAAACAAAAAUGAUGAGUUAUAAUAAUAAAACAAAGAGCUAUAAUAGCGCCACACAUGACCAGUUAACUCCCCCAGACUCUCCAGAUAGGCCUAAACUUAUCAUUAUUGGUUGGGAGCCAGCCAAAUUACACUGAGGUGCUGUUCUGGCUCAUGUCGGGAUAGAAUUAUAGUCCACAAUGAAAAGUUGAUCUUUAAACAUGAUGGAAACCAUGUUUACUUCUGCAAUGAGGCGGAGCAUCUGUACAUAUGUAAAUCACCCAAGCUGCUAUGUCUCCAUUCCUGACUGGCAUGAAACAAAUCAACUAUUUAGUUUUUGUCAACAAGUUGAGAUGUUAGUAUGAAGUAAACAGCAGAUCUUGGGGAAACUUGGCUGAUACAGAAACUAAGUUGUUUGGAAUGGUUUGUUAAUUAAACGUGUGCAUUUUGCAGUAUUGGUAUCGACCACUAGAGGCUGGUGAGGGGAGGACAGCUCAUAGUAAUGGCUGGAAUGGAGUAGAUGUUCCAUUCCAUCUACUCCGUUCCAGCCAUUACUAUGAGCCGCCCUCCCCUCACUAGCCUCCACUGGUGCCGACAGAGAUUAAAUGAAUUUAACAGAUUCAUUCAUUUGUAUCACCUUUAUCGAUCACAUUUAAUCAUUGUGUCUGUGUAUUCUUUACACACACUCAAAGAGAGUUAAACAUGAUUCUAGGAUUCAGUGUGGAGAUUAUUUGGUGAAUGGGGUUGUUUCAUUGUCAUUGAUCGUGAAAGGCAUUUUAUUUAGCUAUUGUCUACAACUCAAUACAUUUUGUUCUGGCAUUGCCUUGAAUGAAAGUAUGAAUGUUGAUUAAUACAUUUAAUGUGACACCAGCCCUGGCUCCAUUCCUGUAUGGCAAAAAAAGCUAUAGCUAUGUACUCAGCUGUCACAGCCUAUAUUCUCAGCGCAUCCUUGUGAAAUAUAUUACUCAUGUUUUCUCUGCUCUUAUAUGACAUGAAUGUGAAGAAGCAGCAAUGCCUUUGCCAUUUAGAUCUCUGGUAUCGUUGAUUUAUAUAAGCAUGCAUUCCCGACAGAACCCAAGAAUCACGCUCGGUUCAGUUCUAUUUAGUCUGGACUUAAAACGAAAGCCAGUGGAAUGAGGAGGAGUUUUCGCACUCUUGCCGUUAGCCAUCUUUAAUAAAUGUUGGAAAUAUACUCAAGUUUUUCAUCAAUGUUCUGGCCAGAUAUUCAGCUGAUCAGUAGUAGCGUAGGUGUUUAGAAUAAUAAGAACAGGUUUUGUACUGUACAUGGUUGCUUAUGCUAUGAGGCAAUUUCCAUAAGAUGAAGCAUGAUGAUGAUGAUAUUUAUAAAGAGCUGCCACUUCAGGGUGAUGUAUAGUUGAUGUCAAACAUGUCCAUUGAUUUAAACUACCUCUUUUCAUGUCCCUGUGUUUUCCCCAGCAGAUGGUGAGGGAGCAGUAUGUCACCACCACCCAGGACAGCAGUGUCCCUGCCCCGGUCCCUGACUCCAUCUAUAAGAUCGGGAUCUACGGUUGGAGGAAGCGCUGCCUCUACCUGUUUGUCCUGCUGCUCAUCAUCAUCCUCACCGUGAACUUUGCCCUCACCAUAUGGAUCCUCCGGGUCAUGUGGUUAAACACAGAAGGGAUGGGACAUCUAAAAGUGACAGCGGAGGGAGUGAGGCUUGAGGACGGCAAGUCAGAGUUCCUCUUUCCUCUCUACGCCCAAGAGAUCCACUCCAGAGUGGACUCCUCUCUCCUGGUGCACUCCUCUGAAAACGUCACUCUCAAUGCCCGCGAUGAAAAUAAUGAUGUCACAGGAAGUCUCUCCGUAGGUCCAGAUGUGGCCCAGGGAAAUGCACCGAAUUUUGUCAUCAGCUCCAACACCAAGACGCUGUUUUCUGCAGAUGACAAAGAGGUGGUUGUUGGAACAGACAAACUUCGUGUUACAGGUCCAGAAGGUGCUCUGUUUGAACACUCUGUAGAGACGCCCCUGCUCAGAGCUGAGCCCUUCAAAGACUUGAGGCUGGAGUCUCCAACCCGCUCUCUCAGCAUGGAUGCACCAAAGGGAGUCUUUGUCAAAGCACUGGCCGGGAACAUCGAGGCGGCAUCUACCAUGGAUAUUCUAUUGCACUCCAGUGAAGGACUGGUGAUUCUGGAUGCCGAGACGGUGCGUCUGCCGAGUCUCCCCCUGGGACAUGGAGGGGUGUCUGGAAACGCUCAGGGACUCUACGAAGUGUGUGUCUGUCCUAGCGGAAAGCUGUUCCUGUCCAAGGCUGGGGUCACCUCCAUGUGCAGCGAAAGCCAAGAGUGCUAGCGAGUGUCUUUGCCAUCAGAUUAUACCAUAUUGAAUGAAAAUGCCUUUAAAUUGGGUACUCUGACACACUUUCAUAUAAAGCAAAAAAACGAUCACAACUUUUCAAUUCUGAACAAAACUGCCAGUUGAACUGCAGACAUAUCCUCCUAAGUAAUUUAUCUAUGGUGCAUUUUAUUGAUGGAAGUUACAUUUGAGACUAUUUUACUAUGUAACUGAAACAGUGACAUGACAACUUUAUACCACAUUAAUAAGUGGCUUACUUCUGCAGUAUAGUUGUUGAUACCAUUUUAUGUUUACACUGAGUUGAGAUGAUUGUUUAUUUUAUAUUUACGGUAUUAUGGCUGGGCAACGAGGAGCUGGUUAACAGAUUAUAUCCUAUGCAAUGUGUUUUAUGUGGGCCCGGUUUCCUGGACCCAGGUGAAGCUUAGUCCACAAUGGAGAACUUCCCAAUGAAAGUGAUUUUUAGUGUAGGCUUCAUCUGGGUCCGGGAAACCGGCCCAUAGUGUAUUAAUGUUGGGCAAAUGGAGAGAAAAGGAGGAUAUGAUCUAGUCUGUAGAUAUAUACCAAACAUUGGGAAUACCAUCCUAAUAUUGAGAACAGCCUCAUGGUGUCAAUUGUUCCACAGGGAUGCUGGCCCAUGAUGACUCCAUGUUUCCCACAGUUGUGUCAAGUUGGCUGGAUGUCCUUUGGGUGGGUCAUUCUUGAUAGACAUGGGAAACUGUUGAGCAUGAAAAACCCAGCAUCAUUGCAGUGCACCUGGCACCUACUACCAUUCUCUGUUCAAAGUCACUUACACCUUGUGUCUUGCCCAUUCACCAUCUGAAUGGCACACACACAAUCCAUGUCUCACUUGUCUCGAGGCUUAACAAUUCUUAUUUAACCUGUUUCCUCCUCUUCAUCUACACUAAUUGAGGUGGAUUUAGCAAGUGACAUCAAUAAGGGAUCAUAGCUUUCACCUGGAUUCACCUGGUCAGCCUAUGUCAUGGAAAGAGCAGGUGUUCUUAAUGUUUUGUAUACAAAUGCAACCUAGUUAUGGUCUAAGAAAGAUCAUAUAAAAUAGAGGUACAGUUGAGUGUGUUUGUGUUACACAUUCAUUAUGCAACGUUAAGCAAUCUGAUACAUCUGUUGCUAGAGAUUUUAAAAAAGGGACUGUUUUUCCAAGUACUUAAUUUAAUCUCACAGUUCACCAGCUGCCACUGUGUUUGUUGUUUUUUAAAUGUAUGCAUUUGUGUGACAUUUAUUUAUUUGUAUGUGUGGUAUAUGGCCAUAUAUCACAAGCCCCAGAGGUGCCUUAUUGCUAUUAUAAACUGGUUAACAACAUAAUUAGAGAAGUAAAAAUAAAUGUUUUGUCAUACCCGUGGUAUACGGUCUAAUAUACCACGGCUGUCAGCCAAUCAGCAUUCUAGGCUCGAAUCACCCAGUUUAGAUUAGUCAAACUAAUCAGUAUACUGUAAGUAAUAACUUUGCAAGAAUAGGAAAUUAAAUGGAUAGUGUGACAUUUUGGCAACUAAGCCCCUUGUUCUACUUACCCAGAGUCAGGUGAACUCAUGGAUACCAUUUGUAUGUCUCUGCGUGCAGUAUGAAGGAAGUUGAAGGUACUUUCUGGAACCAUUGCUAACUAGUGCUGUGACUGGAAGUGUACAGGAACGGCUAGCAUGCAUUUUCAUCAAUCUCUCAAAUUUGCUAUAUUUUCCUUUUCAAUACAUGGUUGUGUUUAUCUCCUUCCUUGGUAUAGGCCACGACAUUAAAUAUGCUAUGAUGUCGCACUUCUAAUCCUAUUGCACUGCAAUACUGUAGCCUACCCAUAGCCAACUGUCAUAUGCUGUCAAGGUUACCAGUCUAUUUACUUUUGCGCAUGCUUGGCUAUUGAAUUAGCAAUUGAUAAAUGGUAGCCUACUAUUUGUUGUGUGGCGGGAAUAAUUUAAACCAGUUAUGUCAGAAAAGGAAACACGCCCUGCAAUGUGAUAAUGAUAUAGGCCUAUAUAAUAAAAGUAAAAUAAACACAUUAGAUGACAUGCUGCUAUGCAAUCUCUUUACCAAUGGCAAAUGCAUCCGUUUUAUCAUUAGGCCUACGUUUUAAUUAGCCUACCAUCAUUAUAAAUCCCGUACAUCAAACACCUCCCAUUUUCCCCAAAUGAGCAAUAAACCUAUUUGUUGCAAUGCAGUUGAUCAACCUUCUAAAAGUUGUGUACACAAAUGGUUUGAGAUUUGCGAGGAGAUAGGCACUUUCCUGUCAUGUUCACAAUUGAUAAAUACCAAUCUUUGCAGGAAAAGUAGCGCUCGCAAGGUUCAGAGUAUUUUUUGUGCACAUGCCCCUGUAGCCUAUGUGUUCUAUUUUAGGGAAUAUUUAUUGUACAUUUUGAUUUUAGAAAAAAAUGGUAGCUUCUUAGUUAUCUUGUCACGACCUUGACUGUAAUAUAGAUUCUAAUGCGUUACUGUUCACCCAUUUUGUAUACAUGUUCGCUUGUUGUCCUUAUACAGUAAAUAUUUUAGAAUUGUCAGUGAAGUUGAUGUUUUGAUAAAAUUGUGGAACAUGUUUGCCAGGUUUUGUAUGUUUGAAUAAAAUAUUUGUGCUAUUCUUGUAAAAAAAGCUCCUGUCUUUUUAACAGAAUAACAUGUAUAUACAGUGGGGAGAACAA